AUGCAAGCCGAUCCCGAAUCUGGAAUCUGCAAUCAUCACGGGUUCGAUCUGCGUGGUGAUCCGGGUAAUACGGCUACCGGGCUUGUUGUUGCGUGCUGCGACAACCGCGGGGGAUGCGCGGAUACUGGCGCCGAUCGUGCGGUGAUCCUCGGUGUCGCAGCGGCUUCCGCGGCGUGGUUCGCGGGGGAUGCUUCCGCUCAAGCGUUCCCGACCAAAGAGAUCGGGCAAAUGGAUAAGGUGGCGGAGAAUGGGGGUGGAAGGGGAGUGGGUGGAGGGGGAGGCGGGGGCGGAGGAGGAGGGGACGGAGGGGGAAAUGGAGGAGAAGGGGGCGAGGGCGGAAGCGGGGGCAACAAACCCGCUGAUUUGAAGAUCGGAUCGCGUGCAGACACAGAUAAAGACGCUCAACAUGAGGAUAUGGAGGAGGGGAAGGAGGGGAAGGAGGAGGAGGAGGAGGCAGAAGCUGGUAAUUUGGCUUCUGGAAGCGCUAAGAAAAGCCAUAAAAGACUAUCGGAGUCGUCGCCUCAGAAAUUGGCUUCUGGGACCACCAUGACAAGCCAUGCGGAAUUACUGGAGACGAUUAGAAGGGAGAGGGACGCGGGGAAGAGGAGCGGGGAAGUGGGGGGUCGAUUGCGGAAGGGGAAAGGCAGGGGGAAGCGCAGCACUCCCCGAGCGGACGCCUCUUACGAGUAUCUAGGCGAUCUGCUACUUGCUUCUCUUACCUCCGCCGCUGCCCCUGGCGCGGGGGCUGUUGGCGCGGGGGGAGUUGGCGCGGGAACGGGCACACCACGGAGCAAUCCGUGGAACAGCAGCGGGCGGCGGAGGGCGGAAGACAAGCGCGCGGAGGGGAUGAUGGAUUGGCUGGCGGGGCUGGUGCGCGGAAUGACGGCAACGCGCCUGGAGCGCAUGGACCGCGCGGAACGGCAAGCGUUGAUGGCGGAAACGGCGGAGCUGGUGGUGCAGAUGCUGGAUAAGCGGGCCGCGGAAGAUGGCUUCGCGCACCGCUCGGAGGUGAGCGCCCUUCGUCGCUUGCAACGCGAGGCUUUCCAGGACCUACUAAGAGUUAAAGACCGCUUGCACAAACUAGAGUACUAUACUGGGAUUCGUCGCCUGCAACCCUUUGGCGCCGCCACCGCCUUCCCCGCGUCGCCUCCCUCCGCCUCCGGCGCUGGAAGCGCAGGGUUUGGGGGAAGCGCGGGGAGCGUGGGAGGCGCGGGGGGUGCCGGGAUGGACCUGGGCGGGGGUUUUGGGUUUGGGCUCCUGGGGGGAAGCCGCACGCGGAUGUACGGGGAGGUGGCGGCGGGUUCCGCGUUCGUGCCCGCGGAGGGGGAGCGCAGCCAUGCUGCGCGCGCGGGUCUAGAGCAGGCGGGCAUGCGGUCAGGGCUUACUGUGAAGCUACGCCUGGACACGCUCUGCAGACGCUGGGGCAGAGGCGGAAGCACUGGUAACACUGGUGACGAUGGUAACAGCAGUAACAGCGGUGACAGCGGCGGCAGCAGUGGCAGCAGUGGUAGCAGCGGGAAGAGCGGUGGUGCUGGGUCUCCAGGGGGGGCGGUGCACGGGAAGAGGAGAGACCCGGAGUACCUUCUGGUAACCGAGUUAACGUCCGGUCUGGGCGAGGAGAGUAGCAGCUUCAUGUUAGGCGGCCCUGUGAACCUGCACAAGGUGCUCUACAGUGCUGCGCUCUGGGACGGCGUGCGUCUGGCUGUAGCGCCGCUAGGAGCCGUGGGGUCGGAUGUAGCAGAGCCGAUCAACCCUCUCAAGGACCAAGGCCUGACGCGCUUCUCAUCCGGAGGCCUGCCGCUGCACCGCCGCGCCCGGGGGUCCGCCCUCGCGCUCACCCUCCGCUCCUCCUCCGCCUCCUUCUCCCUCGCGCACUUCCUCUCCGGCUGGGGGGUAAUGCCUGACCCAGAUGGCACCUCCCCCGGCCUCUGCGUCUCCUCUCUCGCGCAGCUGUCUCUCCAGCCGCAGGAGAACGUCGUUCUGGCGUUUUCGGCGCUGAAUAGAGUGUGGCCUGCGCCCCCUAUCUUGGCGUCAAACGGACUUCAUUGGAGCGAGAUGGGUCCGUUGGUUCUGCCUAGGGUUAAUCCGUUUGGGUGGGGGGGGAGAGAGGGAAGCGCAGGGGGGGAUGGGAGCUCAGAGGCUAGUUUUGGCAGUGGGGUUGGCGGGUUGGGGGGGAGGGGGCGAGGGAGGGGAGGAGACGAGGGAGAGGAGGGGGAAGGGGGAGGAGGAGCGGGGCAGGAGCUUUGGCUACCCCCUCAGGACGAGCCGGGGACAGCCGUGCAGUCAGUGGCAGUGGCAGGGGCGAUUCAGAUAGGAGGCAUGGAGAACGAAGAUGGAGCAGGGGCGCUGGGUUUGGUGCAAGGAGAGGUGUACGUGCGAGUGCCGUGUGCGCGAGGAGUGGUGCUGCAGCCGGGGGUGGUGGUGGCGCAUGGGCCUGAGAGUAGCAGCAGGGGUGGCAAGGCAAGGCAAGGCAGGCGGUGUGAUGUGCGAGCGAAAAGUAAGGGGGAUGCACAGCUGUGGAGACAAGAGGGCGGUAGUGGUGGUGGUGGUGGUGGUGGUGGUGGUGGUGGUGGUGGUGGUGGUGGUGGUGGAAAGAGACAAGAGGAGGGGGGUGGUGGUGGUGCUGGGAAGGAACUUCUGAUGAGUCCAACGAAACCCGCCUCGGCUGCCGCCCGGCUGCUCGCGCCGCCGGCUGUUGCCGGCCAUGAUCUGGGCGGCGUUGGGCGGCAGCGGCUUCGGGCGGGCGGCGGUGGGCGUCCAGAUCUUGACGUUGGAUUCGAUGCCACUGGUGGCGAGGACACAGAGGGAUGGGUGUGGCUCUAG